UUGCUGAGGCGGCUAAAGACCCUCUUAUUGGUUUUAUUCAUUUUCGAUUCGAAGUGGAAGACGGCCAGGCGGUGGUUUACCUUUAUGAGCUGCAAAUAAGUGAGGAGUACCAGGGUUUAUCGAUUGGCCGUCGUUUGCUGCUGCUGUUUGAAGUUUUUAUUUGCAAAUUUAAUUCUCGUUUGUCUCAAUUUAAAUUCCUCCCCAAAACAAAUAAGGUCAUCCAAACCCCAGCAGCAGCAGCAGCAGCAGCAGCAGCAGCAGCAGGAGGGGGGGCCACAGCAGCAGCAGCAGGAGGGGGGGCCACAGCAGCAGCAGCAGGGGGUGCCUCAGCUGCAGCAGCAGCGCCGGGCUGCGACGCAGCCACUGCACCCGCAGCAGCAGCUGCGGAAACACCAGCAGCAGCAGCAGCAGGAGCAGCCGCAGCGGCACCAGCAGCAGCAACUGCUGCAGCACCACCUGCAACAGCAGCACCAGCAUCGGCACCAGCAGCAGCACAACCAACAGCAGCAGCUGAAGCAGCAGCCGCAGCAGCAGAACCAGCAGCAGCAGCAGCGGGACCAACAGCAGCAGCAGCAGCACAAGUAACAGCAGCAGCAGCAGCAGAACCAACAGCAGCAGCAGCAGCACAACCAGCAGCAGCAGCAGCAGCAGAUGAAUUGCUGCUGCCUUUGCGUUUUAAAAAGAUAAUGUGCACUGUGCUGCGCUGCAACAAAAGGGCUGUUGCAUUUUACAAGAAAAGCUGCGGAUACACCUCAGACGAGUCUUGUCCUUACUAUUUGCUGCUGCAGCAGCAGCAGCAGCAGCAGCAGCAGCUCGCACCCGACACAGAAAGCGAGGAGGAAGAAGAGCCGGAAUAUGAAAUCCUAAAGAAAGAAAUUGCCGCCUGA